AUGGGGAACCCCAAGCCAGGAACGGCCGCCCACGCGAAGAAGAAGGCGCGCAACGCCGCCUACAACGCCCGCACACGCGCGGAGAAGAAGGCCGCCGCCCUCGAGGCGGUGGUCGAGCCUUGCACGAGGAAGAUCGCGCGGCUGGAACACAGGGUGGACAUGGUGCGCGACCACAGGCAAGCCUUCUGGGAGCAGCUGCAGAAGGCCUCUCGGUGCCCCUCCGCAUCCCAAUGCAUGGCGCGAUACGCAGACGCGGCGGCCUAUCUGGGUGCGCUGAAGGACCUGGACGUGACGAACAGGGACUCUUCCCAGUACGCCGUCUCGCACGCGGAAAUCCUGGAUCCUGGGAGCUACUUGGAGGACGAGGCGGCUCGCGCAUACCUGUUCUGCCAGCACUUCGGCACGGUUGGCAAGACGCACUUCUGCACAGACUGCAGCGACGAGUACACGCUGAGCGCGAAGCAUCGCCGCGGCGACGCCGUGCGCUUUAACUGGCGCGGGCCUCGCGACGACUGCGGAUGCGACACUUGCAACGGCGACGAGAUGUCGGCGGUGAAGGGCACCAUUUUGGCGGGUACGCCCACGAGCCUAUGGAUGAACAAGCUCGACGCCUUCGUGAUGUGGUGCUUCGACUACAGCCUUGGCACGCUCAAGGACGAGGUCGGCGUUGACGCAAACGCAACUGUGGAGCGCUGGAUUCACACGUUUGAAGAGGGCGUCGAGGAGCACAUGGCCAGGAAGAUGGACUCUGGGAGCAUGUUCGCAGACCUGCUCGGCGGCGGCCCGCGCAAGCGCCCCGCUGCUGCGAAAGCUGCGCCGAAGCGUCGGGCCAAGCGCUCGGCGAAGAGUCGUCCAGCCCAGGCGGGCGUCAAGAAACGGCCUGUCAUGAAGCGCCCCGCGCGGUCCAGGCUCCCUGCUGCCCGAACCAGGAAGGUUAUCCUUCAGGUAGACGAGUCCUUCCUGAACAAAGGCAAGCUGUCCAAGCUGGCGAAGAACGGUUCGCCGCGCCUGUUCUUCUUCAACGUAUUGAAGUCUGUCGAGGAUGCUUACGACGGCAAGCCCAGGGGCAAGCAGGAGCUGUUGGAGAACUUCAAGGGUCUGUCGCCUCCCGCUGGCGUCGUCAUCGUUUCGGACAAGUGGAGGGGGACCAUCCCGGCUGUGAAGCAGUACCGCAAUGACGCUGGCCUCACCGAGCGGAUGCUCCCGCACGAGGUGGUGAACCACACCGCUGGCGAGAUCACGGACGAAAGAGGGUUCACUACCAACCACGUAGAGCUCCAAUGGUCAUUGGUCAAGCGGUGGAUCAGGAAGCGCUACGGCGGGACGUUGCCCAAGAAGGCCGACAGGAAGAAGUGGUCGAGGCUCCUUGCCGAGCACAGGUUCCGCACCCACAUCAAGGCCAGUGGGCAGAAGGUGAGUUUCGCGGCGCUGGCAGCUGCGUUCCAGGCGUGGUGA